AUGAUUGGUAAUACUCUCAAUAUUCUUACCUUUACUCAGUUAAAACUCUUUCAAAAUAAUCGAUCAGCUUUCUAUUUGACAGUUGAAUCGAUUUCCAAUCUUCUCAAUCAACUUUUGUUUAUUGCGAUCAAUAUUUUAAUAAGCUUAUAUGGCGAUGAUGCGACUGAAAAAAGUCUUAUUUGGUGUCGAUUUCGAUAUGCAGCAGCUCAAGUAUUAGUAUUGUUUACAUCAUACACACUAUGUCUUGCUGCUGGCGAUCAAUUCUUCUCAACAAACUAUCAAUUAAAUCUACGAAAUUUAUGUACAAUUCGGUUAGCUCGAUGGCUGUCCGGUAUAUUUGUAUGCAUCUGGCUUAUUCAUAGUAUUGUAUUUACUACAUCUUUCAAUAUUCAGCCUUCGAUAGGCUGUACUAUAUCAGAUCCUAUUUGGCUUCGAUAUUCGACUUACUUCUUCUAUCCAGUUUUAAUCGGCUUAUUGCCGAUCUGCAUUGCGUCAUUGUUUAAUAUUUUAGCAUUUCGAAAUGUUCGUCGUAUAGUUCGUCGACAACUUCCGAUAGCUCGACGGCGAUUAGAUCAACAGAUGACGGCGCUUGUUCUGAUACGUGUGGUGAUGUUAGCUGUUCUUUUUUCACCGUAUGCAAUUUUUCGUACCUAUUCUCUUAAUACACCUACUGCGCAAGGUCAAUCAUUACAAUAUGCAGUUACACGAUUGAUUCAAGCGAUCGUUUUAUCUUUAUAUUGGCUUAAUAUUUCGGUCAGUAUGUUUCACUUUUCUCAUUUGAUUAGUAUUGAAUAUUUCGAUUUUAUUCCAGCUUAG